AUGGCGACUGCGCCAAGGACACUCUCUACGAAGGAGGCCGACAUACAGAUGAUGUUGGCAGCUGAAGUCCACCUCGGCACCAAAAACUGUGACUUCCAAAUGGAACGUUACGUGUUCAAGCGCCGGAAUGACGGAAUUUAUAUCAUUAACCUUGGGAAAACCUGGGAAAAGCUUAUGAUGGCUGCAAGGGUUAUUGUUGCUAUUGAGAAUCCUCAAGACAUCAUCGUCCAGUCUGCCAGACCAUAUGGUCAGAGAGCUGUCUUGAAGUUCGCACAGUACACUGGUGCUCAUGCAAUUGCUGGUCGUCAUACUCCUGGAACAUUCACCAACCAGCUUCAGACUUCAUUCAGUGAGCCACGGCUUCUGAUCCUUACUGACCCAAGAACUGAUCAUCAACCUAUUAAAGAAGCCGCACUUUCUAGCAUCCCUACCAUUGCUUUCUGUGACACCGAUUCCCCAAUGAGGUAUGUUGAUAUUGGCAUCCCUGCCAACAACAAGGGGAAGCACAGCAUCGGUUGUCUUUUCUGGCUCUUGGGAAGGAUGGUUCUGCAAAUGCGUGGUGUCAUUGCUCCCGGUCACAAGUGGGAUGUGAUGGUCGAUCUGUUCUUUUACAGGGAGCCUGAGGAGGCUAAGGAACCAGAAGAAGAGGAAACACCUGCUCUUCCAGAUUAUGUCGAUUAUUCUGCACCUACAAUUGGUGUUGAUUGGUCUAGCAGCCAGAUACCUGAUGCUCAAUGGGCUCCCGAGGUGGCUAGUACUUUGCCACCUGUUGCAAGUGGCAGGACUGGAGAAGCCGUUGCAGGGGUAGCUACUGAUGGAUGGGACUCAGCUGUUGCACCCCCGAUGGCAGCUCCUGGAGUUGACCUCUCCGAUUACUUGCUAGCUUUGGUUUUGAAUACUCUCCGGUCACCUCCUGCGCCAAUUGAUUUCUCCGAUGAGAUCCAACCCCGACGUUGUCCUCCGGAGAGAAGUGAACUGGUGAUGCAGCAGAUUACGCCGGCUGAAUUUUCGACUCAAAUUCGCUGCUCUUGA